GACGCGACGCCGGCCGGCGCAGCCGCCAAGUGUCAUCCGCGCUCCGCCGGCCGCCCGAGCUGCCCUGAGGCUCGGCCCAGCCCCUCCGCCCCGGCCACCCCCUCCGCCUGCGGAGCGUCCCGCCGCCCGGCAGCCCCUCCGGCAUCUGCGGCCCCCGGGGCAGCGGCCUCCCCCGACCCCCCGUUCGGCGUCCGGGCGCGCUCUCGGGCGGACGAUGCUGAAGAUGCUCUCCUUCAAGCUGCUGCUGCUGGCCGUGGCCCUGGGCUUCUUCGAGGGCGACGCGAAGUUCGGGGAAGGGAGCGGAGCGAGGAGGAGAAGGUGCCUGAACGGGAGCCCCCCGAAGCGCCUGAAGAGGAGGGACAGGCGGAUGAUGCCCCAGCCCGAGCUGCUGGGCGGAGGCGAGGUCCCGUGCGGCGGCUUCUACCCGCGGGUGUCCUGCUGCCUGCAGAGCGACAGCCCCGGACUGCGGCUCCUGGAGAACAAGAUCUUUUCUGCUACCAACAACACAGAAUGUGGGAAGUUGCUGGAGGAAAUCAGAUGUGCCCCUUGUUCCCCACGUUCCCAGGGCCUGUUCCAUGCACCUGAGAGAGAAGUCCUCCAUAGGGACCCAGUACUUCCACUGCUCUGUGAAGACUAUUGCAAAGAAUUCUUUUAUACUUGCCGAGGCCAUAUUCCAGGUUUUCUUCAAACAACUGCUGAUGAGUUUUGCUUUUACUAUGCCAGAAAAGAUGGUGGGUUGUGCUUUCCAGAUUUCCCAAGAAAACAAGUCAGAGGACCAGCAUCUAACUACUUGGACCAGAUGGAAGAAUAUGAGAGAGUGGAGGAGAUCAGCAGAAAACACAAACACAACUGCUUCUGUGUCCAAGAGGCUGUGAGCGGGCUUCGACAGCCUGUCGGAGCCGUGAACAGUGGGGAUGGCUCCCACAGGCUCUUCAUUCUGGAAAAGGAGGGCUACGUGAAGAUCCUCACCCCAGAAGGAGACAUUUUCAAGGAGCCUUAUUUGGACAUUCACAAACUUGUUCAGAGUGGAAUAAAGGGAGGAGAUGAAAGGGGACUGCUAAGCCUUGCAUUCCAUCCCAAUUACAAGAAAAAUGGAAAGCUGUAUGUGUCUUAUACCACCAACCAAGAGCGGUGGGCCAUCGGGCCUCAUGACCACAUUCUUAGGGUCGUGGAAUACACAGUAUCCAGAAAAAAUCCACAUCAAGUUGAUUUGAGAACAGCCAGGGUGUUUCUGGAAGUCGCAGAGCUCCACAGAAAGCAUCUUGGAGGACAGCUGUUCUUUGGUCCUGAUGGUUUUCUAUACAUCAUCCUUGGGGAUGGGAUGAUCACCCUGGACGAUAUGGAGGAGAUGGAUGGUUUAAGUGAUUUCACAGGCUCAGUACUGCGGCUGGACGUGGACACAGAUGUGUGCAAUGUGCCUUAUUCUAUACCACAGAGCAACCCCCACUUCAACAGCACCAACCAGCCCCCAGAAGUGUUUGCCCAUGGGCUCCAUGAUCCAGGCAGAUGUGUGGUGGAUCGACAUCCCACUGAUAUGAACAUCAAUUUAACAAUACUUUGUUCAGACUCCAAUGGGAAAAACAGAUCAUCAGCCAGAAUCCUACAAAUAAUAAAGGGGAAAGAUUAUGAAAGUGAGCCAUCGCUUUUAGAAUUCAAGCCGUUCAGCAACGGCCCUUUGGUUGGUGGGUUCAUUUACCGAGGCUGUCAGUCUGAAAGACUGUAUGGAAGCUACGUGUUUGGAGACCGUAACGGGAAUUUCUUAACGCUCCAGCAAAGUCCGGUGACGAAACAAUGGCAAGAAAAACCCCUCUGUCUGGGUACCAGUGGCUCCUGUCGGGGCUACUUUUCAGGUCACAUUUUGGGAUUUGGAGAAGAUGAGUUAGGUGAAGUUUACAUUUUAUCCAGCAGUAAGAGUAUGACUCAGACUCACAAUGGAAAACUCUACAAGAUCAUAGAUCCGAAAAGACCUUUAAUGCCUGAGGACUGCAAAACUACCAUUGCGCCUGCGCAGACCCUGAGCUCCGAGUGCUCCCGGCUCUGUCGGAAUGGCUACUACACCCCCACCGGCAAGUGUUGCUGCAACCCAGGCUGGGAGGGCGACUUCUGCAGAACCGCCAAAUGUGAGCCAGCCUGUCGUCAUGGAGGUGUCUGCAUCAGACCGAACAAGUGCCUCUGUAAAAAAGGAUAUUUUGGUCCUCAGUGUGAACAAGUGGACAGAAGCAUCCGCAGAGUGACCAGGGCAGGUAUUCUUGACCAAAUCAUUGACAUGACAUCAUAUUUGCUGGAUCUCACAAGUUACAUUGUAUAGUUUCUGGGACUGUUUGAAUAUUCCAUUCCAAUGGGCAUUUAUUUUAUCUUGUCAUUAAAA